AACAAAAGUAUCGACAACCUGCCAUUUGUUACAUUCAUACUUUGUCAAAAGUGUUAGUGCAAUUUUAUUUAUUUUAUUUUGAGUUUAUGUGAAACCCAUUCAAAAAUGUUUAAUAGAAUAAUACGCUCUUUAAACAAAACCAACAACUUACAAAAACUAUGCACUAGAAAUUUUAACAUGGUGCCCAUUGUGGUAGAGCAAACAGGCCGAGGAGAGCGAGCUUAUGAUAUAUUUUCUAGACUUCUAAAAGAAAGAAUAAUUUGUGUAAUGGGGCCAGUUCAUGACGAUAUGAGUUCUUUAGUAGUAGCGCAAUUACUUUUCCUUCAGUCAGAAAGCAGUACAAAACCUAUUCACAUGUAUAUUAACUCACCUGGAGGAUCAGUGACUGCUGGUUUAGGGAUAUAUGAUACAAUGCAAUAUGUUAAGCCGCCAAUUGCUACUUGGUGUGUAGGACAAGCCUGUUCAAUGGGUUCUCUUCUGUUAGCCGCUGGUGCACCAGGUAUGAGACAUGCUCUUCCGCAUUCUCGAAUCAUGAUACACCAGCCAUCUGGUGGUGCUACUGGCCAAGCUACAGAUAUUCAAAUCCAUGCUGAAGAGAUAAUAAAAUUAAAGAAACAAUUGACAUUAAUAUAUGCAAAGCAUACUGGCCAAGAUACUGAGCUUUUGCAUAGCAAAAUGGAACGUGAUACAUUUUUAUCUCCGGAUGAAGCGAAGGCAAUGGGUUUAAUAGAUCAAGUUUUAGUGCAUGCGCCUUCCACGAUUACAAAGGGAAGUGCACCAAGUACAGAUGCUCCAAAUCCUAUUAUUAUGCCUAAAGAUAAAGAACCUUCUAUUGGAACAGAAAUUACUACAUAAUUAGAAACCUAAUAUUAUACAAUGAUAUUAAAAUAAUUUGUAUAUACAUUUUUAUAUGAAAUUAUUUAUAUUACAAAUAGUUUAUAAAAUAUAUUUUAUGCAAAUUAUG